UUCCUUCCUUCAGCGUGUAUCGAGCCGCCAUCAGUGUGCCAUUCCAUUUCAUUUGUGGCAGUUGAGGUGUCAGUGGAGCUGUCCAGACGCGAUACUACUACUCCAGGGCAGUGAUUCAGCCAGCGAGGUGAACUUCUGCUUUGAUUGAGUGCGUGCAUUUUCGUGGGAAAGCGACAACAUAAUGGACGGAACGGGAACGACCGAUCCUCCGUCGUACGAUCAGAUCAGCUCCCAUCCCGUGCCGGCUGCCUAUCCCCAUCAGCAAGCGCCUACGGUCGAACCGUUCAAAUCCGCUAACUUGCACACCCAGGAACCGCCAUCGUUGCAGACCACCGUGAUCGUUACCAGCCCGAAUGUUGGCCCCGAUCCGACCACCAUCAUCUGUCCGUCCUGCCGGGCGACGGUGGUAACGAGGCUGGAGUACGAAACGACCACCAAGACGCAUCUGUGUGCCGGGCUGCUGUGCCUGUUCCUGUGCUGGCCGUGCGCCUUCGUGCCGUACUGCUCCACGUCCUGCCGGGAUGCGAACCAUUACUGCCCGAACUGUGGUUCGUUCAUUGGCACGUAUCGGAAGUAAAGUGCAGGGACGACAACGCGGCUAUCGAUUCAUUGUUCUAGUACUAGUACGUGUCUGAAAGUAGAAAAAACCGUCUACAUUCAUGUACUGCUAGUGUUUAUGUGUGCGUGUGUAUGAGUGUGUUUAGUCAAUGGUCAGCUUCUUAUCAGCAAUCGUGAAUCGUGUGGAGAGUUAGAGUCAAGCGAACGCGCGAAACCAAAUCGACAUUGCGACACCGUUUGGCAGAUAAGAUAGGGAGCCGUUUAUCGACGAGUCACAGGACGCUUUGCUGCCCAGUGCUGGCCCCGAAAUAUAAGUUUUCGUUACUUCACCCCGCAAGCUGCGAUUGUGAGUGCAGAAAUGGGCAAUUGAGCGAUGGCAUGGUCCUCGUUAGGGCGAUAUCGAUUAGGCUAUAUUAACACAUAUUAAUCACAAAAUAAAAAUCAUUAUAAUUGCUUUUAA